UCUAAUAGAGAAUCUCAAGAUGGCGUCGAGUGGAGGAGAUGGAGAACCUGAGUGGACCGCCGCUGUACGACCGCUUUUAUCAGCGUCGUACACGGCUUUUGAAACGAAAGAGCUACCUCAGCUUAUAGGAUCCAUCAUUAACAGUGAAUCAGAGAUUCUACACCAUGACAAACAGUAUGAGCCAUUCUACUCAUCAUUUGUGGCCCUCUCUGCACAUUACAUCACCACAGUAUGUGGACAAAUCCCUAGAAUUCAGUUGCUGUCGGUAGCAGCCGCCUGUAAAGUAUUGAUUGAGUUUUCUCUACUGCGGCUGGAAAACCCAGAUGAAGCAUGUGCAGUUUCACAGAAGCACCUAAUCUUGUUAAUAAAGGGCCUCUGCACAGGCUGCAGUCGACUGGAUCGUACGGAGAUCAUCACCUUCACCGCUAUGAUGAAGUCUGCCAAACUCCCCCAGACCGUGAAGACGCUCUCAGAUGUGGAGGACCAGAAGGAACAACCCUCCCCAGUGAACCCGGAGUUAAGACACAAAGAAGUGCAAAUGAACUUUUUCAAUCAGCUGACCUCAGUCUUCAACCCAGACAUCACCAUCUUGGUCUCGCCCACCCCGCACAUGCAGGCUGAGAGUGAGUGUGAUGAGCAGUCCACGACAGAUCAGGCUACUCAAGCCAAAAUGAAGAAUGCCUUCAUCUCCCAAAAUGUGUCCAGUUUACAAGAACUAGGCGGGUCGGAGAAGUUGCUGCGAGUGUGCCUCAACCUACCCUACUUCCUGCGAUACAUCAACCGCUUCCAGGAUGCGGUGUCGGCCAACUCGUUCUUCAUCAUGCCGGCCACCGUGGCCGACGCCACAGCAGUUCGGAAUGGCUUCCACUCCCUGGUUAUUGACGUGACCAUGGCCUUGGAUACUCUCUCCCUGCCCGUGCUGGAGCCUCUGACUCCGGGUAGACUACUGGACGUGACUGUGCUGGCGCUCAGCUGCCUCUAUGCCGGUGUGAGUGUGGCCACCUGUAUGGCCAUCCUCCAGGUGGGCAGUGGCCUGCAGCUACGCUCCACCGGGGCCACCGGCUCCAAAGAGGAGGACUACGAAAACGACGCCGCCACCAUCGUACAGAAAUGCCUGGAGAUCUAUGACAUGAUCGGUCAGGCCAUCAGCAACUCGCGCCGAGCAGGGGGAGAGCACUACCAGAACUUCCAGCUGCUGGGUGCCUGGUGUCUGCUGAACAGCCUGUACCUCAUCCUCAACCUGAGCCCCACAGCGCUCGCCGACAAGGGGAAGGAGAAAGACCCGCUGGCCGCGCUGCGCGUCCGAGACAUCGCCAGCCGCACCAAAGACGGAGCAGGCUCUCCAAAGCUAGGCCCAGGAAAGGGGCACCAAGGGUUUGGGGUCCUCUCAGUCAUCUUGGCCAACCACUCCAUCAAGCUGCUCACCUCACUGUUCCAGGAUCUGCAAGUGGAAGCACUACACAGGGGCUGGGCGAGUGACGCCCCCCCAGCGGAACUGAACAUCAUGGCCCAGAGCACGUCCAUCCAGAGGGUCCAGCGGCUCAUCGACUCCGUGCCCCUCACCAACCUGCUCUUCACCCUGCUCUCCACUUCCUACAAGAAGGCAUGUGUGCUCCAGAGACAGAGGAAGGGCUCUGUGAGCAGCGACGCCAGCGCCUCCACCGACUCCAACACCUACUACGAGGACGACUUCAGCAGCACAGAGGAAGACAGCAGCCAGGAUGAUGACAGCGAGCCCAUUCUGGGGCUGUGGUUCGAGGAGACCAUCUCCCCCAGCAAGGAGAAGGUGGCCCCUCCGCCACCUCCUCCACCCCCGCCGCUGGAGACGUCGCCCAGGCUCAAGAGCCCCAGCAAGCAGGCGCCCGGAGAGAACGGAAACAUCCUGGCCAGCCGCAAGGACCCAGAGCUGUUUUUGAGUUUGGCCUCAAGCAUACUGAACUUCAUCACCACCUCAAUGCUGAAGUCCAGGAACAAUUUCAUCCGCAACUACCUGAGUGUGUCCCUGACCGAGCCGCACAUGGCCACCCUGGCCAGCAUCAUCAAGGAUGUGGACAAAGACGUCAAAGGGGCCUCUGAUGAAGAGUUUGCAUCAGCUCUUUACCACUUCAAUCACUCUCUGGUGACCUCCGACCUUCCAUCACCAGCGCUGCAGAAUACGCUGCUGCAGCAGCUAGGGGUGGCUCCGUUCUCGGAGGGCCCGUGGCCCAUGUACAUCCACCCCCAGUCCCUGUCGGUGCUGUCCAGACUGCUGCUCAUCUGGCAGCACAAGGCCAGCCAGCAGGGCGACCCCGACGUGCCAGAGUGCAUGAAGGUCUGGGAGAGGUUCGUGGGCACCCUGAAGCAGCACACGCUGCAGGGCUCGUUGCCCGGCGACGACGACCUGAACGUGGAGCACCUGCAGCUGCUGCUUCUCAUCUUCCACAACCUGUCGGACUCGGGCCGCCGCAGCGUGCUCACCAUGUGCACGCAGGCCAUCGUCGAGGUGGCCGCACACGUGGACACGCAGCUGCAGGCCGUGCCCCUCAACCUGGCCCGCAUCCUGCUCGUCUUCGACUACCUGCUGCACCAGUACUCCAAAGUCCCCAUGUACCUCUUUGAACAGGUCCAGUACAACCUGCUGACCCCGCCUGCGUCCGGAGGCAGCUCUGGGCAGGAUGGCGGCAAGCGUGGAUCCGCCCCGCUGUACUACGGCUUCAAGGAGGUGGAGGACAACUGGACCAAACACUGCUCGGCAGAUUCAACGGUUCAGCCCAAAUUCUACUGCGUCCUGUCUCCGGAGGCAUCAGAGGAUGACCGGAGCCGCCUAGACAGCAAGGUCUUCUACGUGUUGUUCAACAUUUCUGUGAAAUACGACAACCUGUACUCGAGUCUGGUCUCUCUGCUGUCGGCUGGCUCGCGGUUUGACAUGGGCAGAAGGCAGGAAAACAAACCAAUCACCCCAAUCGAGGCGUGCUCUCUGCAGUACUACUUCCUGGUGCUGUGGAGGAUUCUGGGAGUGCUUCCCCCAUCCAAAGCGUACGUGGAGCAGCUGAAGACGGGCAGCAGCGACCCCAGCGAGAGCGACAUCCUGCACACACUCCGCUGGUCGUCACGGCUACGCGUCAGCACAUAUGUCAACUGGAUCAAGGAGCACCUGUUGAAACAGGGCAUGAAGUUGGACCAUGCCACUUCUCUGGUUGAGAUGGCCUCUACCAAGUGCAGUGCAGUGAAGUAUGAUGUCGACCUGGCAGAGGAAUAUAUCGCUAGACAGAUUUCCUCCUUCAGCAGCGUGGACCCCGCCACCAUCCUGCCUCUUCACCAGGUGCCCUCCCUACAGACCAUCUACACACUGGACGCGGUCAUCUCCAAAGUGCAAGUGUCCCUGGACGAGCACUUCUCCAAGGUGGCCGCCGAGAGCGACCCACACAAGUCCUCCGAGAUCACCAAGAACCUACUGCCUGCCGCCCUGCAGCUCAUUGACCUGUACACUGCCUUCACACGCUCUUACCUUUUGAUGAGUCUCCCAGAGGAGGGGGAGAACAAGCCCACCGAGGCCAAACUGAAGGGCUACGCCGCCGUGCUCUCCAUCGGCUCCACGCGCUGCAAGGCCAACGUGCUCGGUCAGGCAGUGAUGCAGAAUCUCCCGUCAGCUGUGCAGACACUCUGCGAGACGUGGAACAACAUCCACACCAACGAGUUCCCCAACAUUGGCUCAUGGCGGAACGCGUUUGCCAACGACACAAUCCCGUCGGAGAGCUACAUCAGUGCCAUCCAGGCGGCACACCUGGGCACGCUGAGCAGCCAGUCUCUGCCGCUGGCGUCCUCGCUCAAGCACAUCCUCCUCUCCCUGGUGCGCCUCACCGGAGACCUGCUCGUCACGGAGGAGCUGAAUGCGUCCCAGGCCAUCCACGCGCUGCUGCCCCUUCUGCUGGAGAGCAGCACGGAGAGCGUGGCCGAGAUCGGCAGCACCUCUCUGGAGCGCAUCCUGGGCCCCGCCGAGUCGGACGCCUUCCUCGCCCGCGUCUACGAGCGCCUCGUCACCGGCUGCUACAACAUCAUCGCCAACCACUCCGACCCCAACAGUGGUCUGGAUGAGUCUGUGUUGGAGGAGUGCCUGAUGUAUCUGGAGAAGCAGCUGGAGAGCAGCCAAGUCAGGAAGGCCAUGGAGGAGUUCUUCUCCUUCAGUGGGGAACUGGUUCAGAUCAUGAUGGCAACUGCCAAUGAGAAUCUGUCUGCAAAGUUCUGCAACAGAGUGUUGAAAUUCUUCACCAAACUCUUUCAGCUUACGGAGAAGAGUCCGAACCCGAGCCUGCUGUACCUGUGCGGCUCCCUGGCCCAGCUGGCCUGCGUGGAGCCGUCGCGGCUGCAGGCCUGGCUCACGCGCAUGACCGCCACGCUGCCCAAGGACUCGGACCAGCUGGACACCGUGCAGGAGAACCGGCAGCUGCUGCAGCUGCUCACCACCUACAUCGUGCGCGAGACCAGCCAGGUCGGGGAGGGCGUCUGCACCGUGCUGCUCAGCACGCUCAUCCCCAUGGCAACAGAGAUGCUGGCCAAUGGCGACGGAGCCGGCUUCCCCGAGCUCAUGGUCAUCAUGGCAACGCUGGCCAGUGCCGGACAGGGGGCGGGACACCUGCAACUGCACCGUGCCGCCAUUGAUUGGCUGACCAGAUGUAAGAAGUACUUGUUCCAGAAGAAUGUUGUGGAGAAAGUGACGGCCAACGUCUCCCAAGGCAAACACGCCAGCAUGCUGGAGUGUGCCUGCCACAUCAUCUCCUACCUGGCGGACGUGAUGAACGCGCUCAGGCAGAGCAGCGGUCAGGGCUCGUCCCAGCUGCUGGUGGAGGGCGAGGAGAAGGCCAUCGAGGUCGACUCCGACUGGGUGGAGGACCUGGCAGUGGAGGAGGAGGACUCCCAAGCGGAGGACUCGGAUGAAGACUCCCUUUGCAACAAGCUGUGCACGUUCACCAUCACUCAGAAGGAGUUCAUGAACCAGCACUGGUACCAUUGUCACACGUGCAAGAUGGUGGAUGGGGUAGGUGUGUGCACAGUGUGUGCCAAGGUCUGUCACAAAGACCACGAGAUCUCCUAUGCCAAGUACGGCUCUUUCUUCUGUGACUGCGGGGCCAAGGAGGAUGGCAGCUGCCAGGCGCUGGUCAAGCGCAGCCCCAGCAGUGGCAUGGGCUCCACCAUGAAGGAGUCGUCGGCGUUCCAGAGCGAGCUGCGCAUGCCGGAGAGCGCCAUCCGCCACCAGAACGCCUCGCCCGCCGACAAGGCCAAGGUGACCAUCUGCGACGGCAAGCCCGGCGACGACGAGAAGCCCAAGAAGAGCAGUGUUUGCAAGAACAUCGAAGGCUGCCGCGAGGACCUGCUCGCACAAGUGUCGAGCUCCAGCACGGCCGCUCUGAUCCUGGAGAUGCUCAUCUUCCUGAUGGACGCCAUCCAGACCAACUUCCACCAGGCGUCCGCCGUGGGAUCCAGCAGUCGCGCCCAGCAGGCCCUCAACGAGCUGCACACGCAGGACAAGAGCGUGGAGAUGACCGACCAGCUCAUGGUGCCCACGCUGGGAUCCCAGGAGGGCGCGUUCGAGAACGUGCGCAUGAACUACAGCGGUGACCAGGGGCAGACCAUCCGGCAGCUGAUCAGCGCUCACGUGCUGCGCCGUGUGGCCAUGUGUGUGCUCUCCUCGCCGCACGGCCGCCGACAGCACCUCGCCGUCAGCCACGAGAAGGGAAAGAUCACCGUUCUGCAGCUGUCGGCGCUCCUGAAGCAGGCCGACUCCAGCAAGAGGAAGCUGACGCUGACGCGCCUGGCCUCCGCCCCCGUACCCUUUACCGUGCUCAGCCUCACCGGCAACCCCUGCAACGAGGACUACCUGGCCGUCUGCGGACUCAAGGACUGCCAUGUCCUGACGUUCAGCAGCACGGGCUCGGUGUCCGAUCACCUGGUCCUGCACCCCCAGCUGGCCACCGGAAACUUCAUCAUCAAGGCCAUCUGGCUGCCCGGCUCCCAGACCGAGCUGGCCAUCAUCACGGCCGAUUUUGUCAAGAUUUAUGACCUUUCCGUGGACGCCCUGAGCCCCAUGUACUACUUCCUGCUGCCGAGCUCAAAGAUCCGCGACGCCACCUUCCUGUUCAACGAGGAGGGCAAGAACAUCAUCGUCAUCAUGUCAUCUGCUGGCUACAUGUACACACAGGUGAUGGACGAGUCCAGCAGCGCCCAGCACGGCCCCUUCUACGUCACCAACGUGCUGGAGAUCAACCACGAGGACCUCAAGGACAGUAAUGGGCAGGUGGCGGGCGGCGGUGUGUCCGUGUACUACUCCCACGUGCUCCAGAUGCUCUUCUUCAGCUACAGCCAGGGCAAGUCUUUCGCAGCCACGGUCAACCGCAGCAACAUGGACAUGCAGAGACUCUUCACCAUCAAUGUGAAAGGGUCUAACGGGGGCAGUAAGACGUCCCCCGCGCUGUGCCAGUGGUCAGAGGUGAUGAACCACCCCGGGCUGGUGUGCUGCGUGCAACAGACCACGGGCAUCCCCCUGGUCAUCAUGGUGAAGCCGGACACCUUCCUCAUCCAGGAGAUCAAAACGCUGCCAGCCAAGGCCAAGAUCCAGGACAUGGUGGCGAUCCGGCACACGGCGAGUAACGAGCAGCAGCGCACCACCAUGAUCCUGCUGUGCGAGGACGGCAGCCUGCGCAUCUACAUGGCCAACGUGGAGAACACGUCCUAUUGGCUGCAGCCCUCGCUCCAGCCCAGCAGCGUCAUCAGCAUCAUGAAGCCCGUCCGCAAGCGCAAGGCCGCCGCCGCCACCACAAGGACAUCAAGCCAGAUGACCUUCCCAGUGGAUUUCUUUGAGCACAACCAGCAGCUGACAGAGGUUGAGUACGGUGGGAACGACCUGCUGCAGGUCUACAACGGACAGCAGAUCAAACACCGCCUCAACUCCACGGGGAUGUACGUGGCCAACACCAAGCCUGGCGGCUUCACGGUGGAGAUUGUGAACAACAACAGCUCCAUGGUGAUGACGGGCAUGCGGGUGCAGGUGGGCACGCAGGCCAUCGAGCGCGCGCCGUCCUACGUGGAGGUGUUUGGGCGCAGCAUGCAGCUGAACCUGACGCGCUCGCGCUGGUUCGACUUCCCCUUCACGCGCGAGGAGGCCCUGCAGGCUGACAAGAAGCUCGCCGUCUUCAUCGGAGCCUCAGUGGACCCUGCUGGCGUCACGAUGCUGGACUCUCUGAAGAUCUACGGCAAGACCAAGGAGCAGUUUGGCUGGCCGGACGAGCCUCCGGAGGACUUCCCCUCGGCCUCCGUCAACAACGUGUGCAGCCCCAACCUCAACCCCGGCAACGGCGCCAGCGACAGCGACAUCACCGUCCCCGCCUCCACCAGUGGAACUGUGCUGGAGAGACUGGUGGUCAGUUCUCUGGAGGCGUUGGAAAGCUGCUUUGCGGUGGAAUCCUCCACUGAGAAGGAGAAGAACAAGACGGCCGCUCUGGAGCUGGCUACGCUGCUGCUGUCCAUGCCCACCCCUGCAGGCGUGCAGCAGCAGACCAAAGGGCUCCUGGCCAGUCUGCACACCAGCCGCGUCGCCUACCACAACCACAAGGACCAGUCCCUGCUGAGCAACGCAGUGCAGUGUCUGAGCAGCUGCAGUAAGGACAUGAAGGAGCUGGACCCCGACGUGUUCCAGAGGCUGGUCAUCACCGCCCGCUCCAUUGCCAUCAUGAGGCCCAACAACCUGGUGCACUUCACCGAGACCAAACUCCCACAUGCCGAGUCAGAGAUGACCGAAGAUGGCCAGAAGCAAGCUGACGGCGAGGGCUGCAACUUCAUCAUGCAGCUGGUGAAUAACUUCUGGAAGCUCCACGCUCUCAAACCAAAGAAUGCUUUCCUGGCUCCGGCCUGUUUGCCAGGGCUUACCCACAUCGAGGCCACAGUGAAUGCUCUUGUGGACAUCAUCCAUGGCUACUGCACCUGCGAACUGGACUACAUCAACGUGGCCUCCAAAAUCUACAUGCAAAUGCUGCUGUGUCCAGACACGUCUGUGAGCUUCGCCUGCAAGCAGGCCCUCAUCCGCGUCCUGCGGCCCAGGAACAAGCGCCGCCACGUGACCCUGCCCUCUCCACCGCGCUCCAACACACCCAUGGGUGACAAAGAUGAUGAUGACGACGACGACGCCGAUGACAAAAUGCAACCGUCGGGCAUGACCACAGGAGAGAGCGGCCGCCAGGAGAGCCAAGAGCAAAGCGAGGUGGAUCACGGCGAUUUUGAGAUGGUGUCUGAGUCCAUGGUCCUGGAGACGGCGGAGAGCGUGAACAACGGGAACCCGUCGCCCCUGGAGGCGCUGCUGGCCGGGGCCGAAGGCUUCCCCCCGAUGCUGGACAUCCCUCCGGACGCCGACGACGAGACCAUGGUGGAGCUGGCCAUCGCUCUCAGCCUUCAGCAGGACCAGCAAGGCAGCAGCAGCAGUGCUCUGGGUCUCCAGAGUCUGGGUCUGUCUGGCCAGGCCCCCAGCUCCUCGUCACUGGACGCAGGAACCCUCUCAGACACGACUGCAUCAGCCCCGGCCUCGGACGACGAGGGGAGCACAGCGGCCACGGACGGCUCCACGCUGCGCACCUCUCCCGCCGAGCACGGGGGCAGCGUGGGCUCCGAGAGCGGCGGCAGCGCCAUCGACUCCGUGGCCGGAGAGCACAACGUGUCCGGCCGCAGCAGUGCGUACGGGGACGCCACGGGGGAGGGCCACCCGGCGGGCCCCGGCAGCGUGAGCUCCAGCACGGGGGCCAUCAGCACCACCACGGCCCAGCAGGAGGGGGACGGCUCGGAGGGGGAGGGCGAGACCGAGGGGGACAUCCACACCAGCAACAGACUGCACAUGGUGCGUCUGAUGCUGCUGGAACGUCUGCUGCAACACCUGUCCCAGCUGCACAGCGUGGGCGGCGUGCGCGCCAUCCCUUACAUGCAGGUGAUCCUCAUGCUGACCGCAGACCUGGACGGAGAGGACGAGAAGGACAAGGGGGCGCUGGACGACCUGCUGUCGCAGCUCAUCGCCGAGCUCGGCAUGCACAAGAAGGACGUCUCCAAGAAAAACGAGAGGAGUCCCAUCAACGAGGUCCACCUGGUCAUCAUGAGGCUCCUCAGCGUCUUCAUGUCUCGCACCAAAUCUGGAUCCAAAUCCUCAUCUGAGUCGUCGUCGCUCAUCUCCAACGCCACGGCGACAGCCCUGCUCAGCCUAGGUGCCAUCGACUACUGUCUGCACGUGCUCAAGUCGCUGCUGGAGUUCUGGAAGACGCAGCAGGGCGAGGAGGAGCCGGCGGCCGCCAGCCAGCUGCUCAAGCCCCACGCGUCCUCCUCCCCACCGGACAUGAGCCCCUUUUUCCUGCGGCAGUAUGUCAAGGGCCACGCCUCUGACGUGUUUGAGGCCUACUCUCAGCUGCUCACCGAGAUGGUGCUUCGGCUGCCCUACCAGAUCAAGAAGAUCGCCGACACCAACCCACGCAUCCCACCCCCCAUCUUUGACCAUUCCUGGUUCUACUUCCUGUCCGAGUACCUGAUGAUCCAGCAGACGCCGUUUGUGCGCAGACAGGUGCGCAAGCUGCUGCUGUUCAUCUGCGGCUCCAAGGAGAAGUACCGGCAGCUGCGCGACCUGCACACGCUGGACUCGCACGUGCGUGGCAUCAAGAAGCUGCUGGAGGAGCAGGGCAUCUUCCUGCGCGCCGGCGUCGUCACGGCGUCCUCGGGCUCCGCCCUGCAGUAUGACACCCUCAUCAGCCUGAUGGAGCAUCUGAAGGCCUGUGCAGAAAUUGCCACUCAAAGAACCAUCAACUGGCAGAAGUUCUGCAUGAAGGAUGAGUCGGUCCUGUACUUCCUGCUGCAGGUGAGCUUCCUGGUGGACGAGGGCGUGUCCCCUGUGCUGCUGCAGCUGCUGUCCUGUGCCCUGUGUGGCAGUAAGGUCCUGGCAGCCUCCUCCUCGGGCGGUUCCAGCGGCGGAUCAGGGGCCUCCCAGUCCUCCCAGAGCAAGUCCUCCAGCAAGAAGAGCAAGAAGGAGGACAAGGAGAAGGAGAAAGAGGGAGAGGGCGUUGGUAGUCUUGAGGAUCAGCUGUGCACUGCUCUGGUCAGUCAGCUAAACAAGUUUGCAGACAAGGAGACUCUGAUCCAGUUCCUGCGCUGCUUCCUCCUGGAGUCCAACUCCUCGUCUGUGCGCUGGCAAGCCCACUGCCUGGCCCUGCACAUCUACAGAAACUCCAGCAAGUCCCAGCAGGAGCUGCUCCUGGACCUCAUGUGGGCCAUCUGGCCAGAGCUCCCUGCGUACGGGCGCAAGGCGGCACAGUUUGUGGACCUGCUCGGCUACUUCUCCCUCAAGACGCCUCAGACGGACAAAAAGCUGAAGGAGUACUCACAGAAGGCUGUGGAAAUUCUAAGAACCCAAAACCACAUCCUCACCAACCACCCCAACUCCAACAUCUACAACACCCUGUCUGGGCUCGUCGAAUUUGAUGGAUUUUACCUGGAAAGUGAUCCCUGUUUGGUCUGCAACAACCCCGAAGUGCCGUUCUCAAACAUCAAACUGUCAUCGAUCAAGGUAGACACGCGGUACACCACCACCCAGCAGGUGGUCAAGCUGAUCGGCAGCCACACCAUCAGCAAAGUCACAGUGAAGAUCGGGGAUCUCAAACGCACCAAGAUGGUGCGCACCAUUAACCUGUACUACAACAAUAGAACAGUGCAGGCCAUCGUGGAGCUGAAAAACAAGCCGGCCCGCUGGCACAAGGCCAAGAAGGUGCAGCUGACCCCCGGCCAGACGGAGGUGAAAAUCGACCUGCCCCUGCCCAUCGUGGCGUCCAACCUGAUGAUCGAGUUCUCCGACUUCUACGAGAACUACCAGGCCUCCACGGAGACGCUGCAGUGCCCGCGGUGCAGCGCGUCUGUGCCCGCCAACCCAGGAGUGUGUGGCAACUGCGGAGAGAACGUGUACCAGUGCCACAAGUGCAGAUCCAUAAACUACGAUGAGAAGGACCCCUUCCUGUGUAACGCCUGUGGCUUCUGCAAGUACGCCCGCUUUGAUUUCAUGCUGUACGCCAAGCCCUGCUGCGCUGUGGAUCCCAUUGAGAACGAAGAGGACAGGAAGAAGGCGGUGACCAACAUCAACACACUGCUGGAUAAGGCAGACCGAGUGUACCACCAGCUCAUGGGCCACCGGCCCCAACUGGAGAGCCUGCUGUCCAAGGUGAAUGAGGCCGCCCCAGAGAAGACACAGGAUGACACGGGCGCCGGUGCAGGCCUGGGCACCUCCACGGCCAGUGUGAACCGCUACAUCCAGCAGCUGGCACAGGAGUACAGCGGAGACUGCAAGACCUCUUUUGAUGAGCUCUCCAAAAUCAUCCAGAAAGUGCUGGCGUCGCGUAAGGAGCUGCUGGAAUAUGACCUGCAGCAGCGUGAGGCGGCCACGCGUUCCUCGCGCUCCAGCUCUGGCGCCCACCAGCCCACCUUCACGGCCAGCCAGUACCGCGCGCUCUCCGUGCUGGGCUGCGGCCACACCUCGUCCACCAAGUGCUACGGCUGCGCAUCGGCCGUCACGGGCCACUGCAUCACGCUGCUGCGCGCCCUGGCCACCAACCCCGCCAUCCGGCAGAUCCUGGUCCUGCAGGGCCUCAUCCGCGAGCUCUUCGAGUACAACCUGCGCCGCGGCACCGGUGGCAUGCGCGAGGAGGUGCGCCAGCUCAUGUGUCUCCUCACCAGAGAUCACCCUGAGGCCACCCAGCAGAUGAACGACCUCAUCCUCGCCAAAGUGUCCGCAGCGCUCAAGGGCCACUGGGCCAACCCGGACCUGGUGAGCAGUCUGCAGUAUGAGAUGCAGCUCCUCACCGACUCCAUUGCCAAGGAAGGAGGAUGCUGGGAGUUGCGUCUGCGAUGUGCUCUCAGUCUGUUCCUGAUGGCGGUGAACAUUAAGACCCCCGUGGUGGUGGAAAACAUCACUCUGAUGUGCCUCAGAAUCCUCCAGAAACUGAUCAAGCCCCCUGCCCCUACCAGCAAAAAGAACAAGGAUUCUGCAGUGGAGUCCCUGACGACCGUAAAGCCAUACAGCAACGAGAUCCACGCACAGGCCCAGCUGUGGCUCAAAAAGGAUCCCAAAGCCUCGUAUGAGGCCUGGAAAAAGUGCCUUCCAGCCAGAUGUCAGGAGACUGUCUCGAAGCCUGCGAACAAGACGGAUGUGCGGAGACAGUACCUGAUGGAGAAGUACGUGUGGAAGUGGAAGCAGUUUGUCCGCUCGCGGUCCGAGAACCUGUUCCCACGCCUGCUCAAACUGGGCCACAACAACUGGCUGCGACAGGUGCUCUUCACCCCAGCCACUCAGGCGGCGAGGCAAGCGGCCUGCACCAUCGUCGAGGCCCUCACCACCAUCCCCAGCCGCAAGCAGCAGGUGCUGGACCUCCUCACAAGCUAUCUAGACGAGCUGAGCAUAGCAGGGGAGUGCGCAGCGGAGUACCUGGCCCUCUACCAGAAGCUCAUCAAGCCAGCGCACUGGAAAGUCUACCUGGCCGCUCGAGGAGUUCUGCCCUACAUCGGCAAUCUCAUCACCAAGGAAAUCGCCCACCUGCUGGCACUGGAGGAGGCCACCCUGAGCACAGACCUGCAGCAGGGCUAUGCACUCAAGAGUCUGACCGGGCUGCUGUCCUCCUUCGUGGAGGUGGAGUCGAUCAAGCGGCACUUCAAGAGCCGCCUGGUUGGCACGGUGCUGAACGGCUACCUGUGCCUGAGGAAGCUGGUGGUGCAGCGCACCAAGCUCAUCGACGAGACGCAGGACAUGCUGUUGGAGAUGCUGGAGGACAUGACCACAGGGACAGAGUCAGAGACGAAGGCUUUCAUGGCGGUGUGCAUCGAGACUGCCAAGCGCUACAACCUGGAUGACUACCGCACACCGGUGUUUAUCUUUGAAAGACUAUGCAGCAUCAUCUAUCCGGAGGAGAACGAGGUGACUGAGUUCUUUGUGACGCUGGAGAAGGACCCUCAGCAGGAGGACUUCCUGCAGGGCCGCAUGCCGGGCAACCCCUACAGCAGCAACGAGCCGGGCAUCGGGCCUCUCAUGAGGGACAUCAAGAACAAGAUCUGCCAGGACUGCGACCUGGUGGCCCUGCUGGAGGACGACAGCGGCAUGGAGCUCCUUGUGAACAACAAGAUAAUCAGCUUGGAUCUGUCUGUAGCUGAGGUCUACAAGAAAGUGUGGUGCCCCACCAAUGAGGGAGAGCCAAUGAGGAUCAUUUACAGGAUGAGGGGUCUCCUGGGAGAUGCGACAGAGGAGUUCAUCGAGUCGCUAGACUCCACCACUGAUGAAGAGGAGGAUGAGGAGGAGGUGUACAAGAUGGCUGGCGUGAUGGCCCAGUGUGGAGGUCUGGAGUGUAUGCUCAAUCGCCUGUCUGGAAUUAAGGACUUCAAGCAGGGCAGACACUUGCUCACUGUGCUGCUGAAGUUGUUCAGCUACUGUGUGAAGGUGAAGAUCAACAGACAACAGCUGGUCAGGCCGGAGAUGAACACGCUGAACGUCAUGCUGGGCACUCUGAACCUGGCCCUGGUGGCGGAACAGGAGAGUAAGGACAGUGGUGGAGCCUCGAUAGCCGAGCAGGUCCUUAGCAUCAUGGAGAUCAUCCUGGACGAGGCCAACGCGGAGACGGUGUCUGAAGACAAGGGUAACUUGCUGCUGACGGGCGAUAAGGACCAGCUGGUGAUGCUGCUGGAGCAGAUCAACACGCCGUUCGUGCGCUCCAACCCCAGCGUCCUGCAGGGCCUGCUGCGCAUCAUCCCCUACCUGUCCUUCGGAGAGCUGGAGAAAAUGCACAUCCUGGUUGAACGCUUUAAGCCCUGCUGCAGUUUUGACAAGUACGAUGAGGAACACAGUGCAGAUGAUAAGGUCUUUCUGGACUGCUUCUGCAAGAUUGCCGCCGGCAUCAAGAACAACAGCAACGGCCACCAGCUCAAGGACCUGAUCCUGCAGAAGGGCAUCACACAGAGUGCCCUAGACUACAUGAAGAAACAUAUCCCCAGCGCCAAAAAUUUGGAUGCAGAUGUGUGGAAGAAGUUCUUGUCCAGACCCGCCUUGCCCUUCAUCCUCCGGCUACUUCGUGGCCUGGCCACACAGCACCCCCCUACACAGAUGCUGAUAGGGACCGACUCCAUCAGCAACCUCCACAAGCUGGAGCAGGUGUCCAGUGACGAGGGCAUCGGCACGCUGGCGGAGAACCUUCUGGAAGCGCUCCGUGAGCACGCGGACGUCAACCUGAAGAUCGACGCGGCGCGGCGGGAGACGCGGGCGGAGAAGAAGCGCAUGGCCAUGGCCAUGAGACAGAAGGCGCUCGGCACUCUGGGAAUGACGACCAAUGAGAAGGGCCAGGUGGUGACCAAGACGUCGCUGCUGAAGCAGAUGGAGGAGCUGAUCGAGGAGCCGGGGCUGACCUGCUGCAUCUGCAGAGAGGGCUACAAGUUCCAGCCCACCAAGGUGUUGGGGAUUUAUACGUUCACCAAGCGGGUGGCCUUGGAGGAGUUUGAAAACAAGCCCCGCAAGCAGCAGGGCUACAGCACUGUGUCGCACUUUAACAUAGUCCACUACGACUGUCACCUCGCUGCUGUCAGGCUGGCUCGUGGGCGAGAGGAGUGGGAGAGCGCCGCCCUACAGAAUGCCAACACCAAGUGCAAUGGGCUUCUCCCUGUUUGGGGGCCACACGUACCCGAAUCAGCCUUUGCCACCUGCUUGGCAAGGCACAACACAUAUCUGCAGGAGUGCACAGGGCAGCGGGAGCCCACCUACCAGCUCAACAUCCACGACACCAAGCUGCUGUUCCUGCGCUUCGCCAUGGAGCAGUCCUUCAGCGUGGACACAGGGGGCGGGGGCCGCGAGAGCAACAUCCACCUCAUCCCCUACAUCAUCCACACAGUCCUCUAUGUCCUCAACACCACCAGAGCCACGUCUCGUGAGGAGAAGAACCUGCAGAGCUUCCUGGAGCAGCCGUGCGAGAAGUGGGUGGAGAGCUCGUACGAGGUGGACGGCCCGCACUACUACACGGUGCUGUCCAUGCACAUCAUGCCACCCGAGCGCUGGAGGUCCACGCGCCUCGACUUCCUGCGCCGCCUGCUCCUCGUCGCGCACGCCCGCAAGGUCUCGCCUACCGGAGCCAACAAGCUCACAGAUAAAACUGUGAAAGAAUAUGCAGUUUACCGCUCGCCUCUUCUCUUCUGGGGUCUGGUGGAUCUCAUCUAUGACAUGUUCAGGAAAGUGCCCACCAGUAACACAGAGGGAGGCUGGUCCUUCUCAUUGGCGGAGUACGUGCGGCACAAUGACAUGCCCAUCUACGAGGCCUCGGAACGGGUGCUCAGAGCCUUCCAGGACGAGCUCAUGCCUGCUGAAUCGUUCUCAGAGUUCCUCGACGUCGUAGGUCUUCUCUCGGACAUCCCUGACCCCGACGGCUUCCUGCAGGAUCUGUUGAACUCUGUGCCCUGAUGGCAUUCAGCCGAGCAAGCGCCCACACUGGACUGGCUGCCAUCCUGCCCCAAAGUGGGGUGGCUUUGAAGAAAGGGGUGAUGGAAGGCUGGCCACCGCAUGGCCCCCCCGCCUCGAAGACACCCUUCCCAUGCCCCCCAACCCACCCCACCCAUCCACAAGGGACACUGUUUAAUCAGAGCCCUGCCCCCCCCCCCCCCCUCCAAUAAACAUCUAUACAUACACACACACACACACACACACACACACACACACUCUAUACAGUUCCUAAUCUCCAUUAUGGGUAAACAUUAGCGUUUUCAACUAUAACUCUCCAACCAGGAAACUUCUGUGUGUAGUCUGACGAGUUAAAACAAAAAAACAAAACAAAAAAGGAAAAAUUAUAUCAAAAUAAAACAAAAUGCAGUUAUUACAUUUUUUUUCUGUAACAUUUAAUACAGUCACCAGUGCUGUUCUGAUUAAAAUGUUGAAGGUGAAAAUCUGACAGUAACUCUUCAGAAGUGUAUUUUUUGGGGGAGGGGUGGUUUUGAUUACAAUGUUCAAAAGUGACUUUUUCGUUCCCCUUGCCCCUCUUAUGAUUAUCCUCGUAUUUUUUUGUUUUGUUUUGUUUGAUUAUUGAGUUAAUUUCCUACUCGGCGUAUCACAGGAUUGUGAAUACAGUUGUUCUGUUAUGCACUAUGUUUCUGGGCUUUUGCGGUGGUGUUCUACAGCUGAUUGUAUUUUGUGGGGAGGGCUGUGGCCUGAUGCUGGUUGUGUGUGUGUGUGUGCGCGCUGCGUGUGUGUGUGUGUGUGUUUGUUUGAUUUUUUUCGUUUGUUUUGUUUUCAAGUUGAUGCGCAUGUGUAAGAUUUUUUUUUUUCUUCCAUUAAUUAAAAAAAUGCUGCGAGUUUUAAAAUGCAUAGCUAACCCAGGACAGUGGUCCAUCUCUGUUAACUGAAGUGAAUCCUGACAUGUAACAGGAGGAGAACUUGCAACAACAAUUAAACUUCACUUCUCAAGAUGAAACUAUAAAA